UUGUUUGGAUUUAGAAUUAAAAUUAAUUAAUUAAAAUAAUUUGGGUUUGUUCUGGAAGGUUCACACAGUGUCAGCUUCCAUCGGAUGGAUGAGAAGCAGCGGUGCCCAGCAGCAGAGCUCUGACAGCUCUUCCAGAUAGCACCCACCCGUGGGGCUGUUUGAGCUGGGAGAGCCCACUAAAGGCCAUCUGGUCCAACCACCCCGCAGUGAACAGGGACACCGACAGCUCCAUCGGCUGCUCAGAGCCCCGUCCAACCUGACCUUGAGCCCCUCCAGGGAUGGGGCAUCCACCACCUCUCUGGAUGACCUGUGUCAGUUGUUCCACCUUUCCCUUCAUCUCCAAUUCUCGUGCCAUUCCUUGCCUGGUGGAGGAAAAGAAUUUCCUGGUUACCACAAGUCAUGUUAAUUUUGCUUUGUAUUUAUUUCCUCCCUCGCAGCCCCCUGAGCCCCCUGUCGAUUUGUUAUGCCAGCGCUGAAUCAAUCCAACUGCGAUUUCAUUCUGUUGGUGGUGAGUUUGUAAGUGGUGGUGUCUCACAAGUUCGUUAGUGAAUUCCCUUAAUAACCCGCAGCGCGUGCUGCUCUGCCCGGCUGCUUUGCGUGCGCUGGGUUUGCCGAGCGCUCCCCUACGUGCUUUUUAUCAGUAAGUGUAUUUACAAGGUCUUCAUUACUUCCUAAUUGACCAUGCCUCUUCUCUUUAGUUAUCGCCUUAAAGAGCAAUUUAAAAAAGCAAUUCAGCAACAGCCAUUCCGGAGCUCUUCAUCCCUCCCAGCCCCUUUCUCAUUCAUUAUCAUCCUUCUGUCUCGCUGGCGCUUCUUUUCCCUCAUGCCUAUAAGCCAUACGUAUUCCCCAAAACGUUUUAUCAGUGCUCCGUUCCCACCCUUCAGCUGCCAUUGGUCCUGGCGGUCUGUUGGGGCUCUCCUUGCAGCCGACGCUAAAAAAUGCCAAUUUAAUCUUUGUGUUUUGGGGUUUAUUGCCCCCACUCCUCCUGCCGUUCUGCCCCAGUGGUGCAGCGCAGUUGCCCCACACAGCAGACAGCAGCUCGGCCAUAGGAAGAGCUUUCCAAAUCCCUUCCAAAUCACUGUCACUGUACCCAGCAGAGAAGGAAACAGCUCUGGGUCUGGUGGAGAUCUCGGGGCGCCCCACGGUUUAAUGUCUUCCUUCUCCUUCCCCUUUGAAAAGCAGCCUUUUUUUCCCUGUGUUUUGUCUUCUGUGGCUUAUGUUGCUUGACAUGUCGGCUGGUUUUGAUCUUUUCCUUUCUGCAUUACAAAAUUGUCAGCUGUGUAACCUAGAAACGGGGCCGGCUGAAUGAUAUGUUUGCAAAUAAUGAUUGUUAGAAGUUUUUCUCCCCCUCUCCUGUGAGCCGUGCCUGCCCCACUGGGGGAUGUGCCCUCAGGGAGCAGUGGGCUCUGCCAUCCUCAGCCCUGUGCUGGGUACGGUCCCAGGUGUUCCUGCCAAAGCUGGAGUACCUCCGCGUCCAUCCUCAUUUAAUUUGAACACUGACAAAUCCUCCCAGCCGCGGCAUUCAUCCAUCUCCUAAGCUGUCCGAUCCGCACAGCCACUUCACAACUCUCCUGGCUGUGCGGUUAAUGUGUCCCUGGGCUGGCUGAGCUUCAGAGCUAGCUGCUUUUAUUUAUUUCCUCGCAGCUGGCCCUGGUUUUCCAAGCAGAUAUCCACCUGCGCCUGCUGCCUCAGAACACCCUUUGGCUGCCCUGCUGGGUAUGUGGCCAGCUCUUAAUCACAACCAGCACCUCAAGGAUUUGGAUGUACUGCGGGCAAGACAAUGUGAGUGGUAGGAGCCAACAGGCUGAGCUGUGGCAGCCCUUGGCGCAGGACAGGGCUCCUUGCUGGGGUUCUCUGUCAGGGAUUUGGUGGGCAUGGUGGUGAUAGGUCAGUGGUUGGGUUGGAUGAUCUUAGUGGCACUUUCCUACCGGAGUGAUUCAGUGUGGAGCUGCUGCUCCGUCACACAGCCUGGACUCACUGUGGGGAAACCACCAGCGCUGGUGCUGGAGAUUCCCUUGCAUCUGCUCACAUGGUUGUGAUGCUCCAUGGGGUGCAUGCUCCUACCCCAAACAGUUCAGCCCCUCUCUGCAUCAGCCUAUAUGGGCUGUGUGGGUUACGCUCACAUCUCAGUCAACAGCUCAUCCAUCAAGCACUCACCCUUCACUUUUUAGAGCCUGUUCAUCUUGGCAAUUAGCUCUUGCUCUGCUGCAAUUUUCAGGCACGCUCUCUCUUUCCCAAAUCCCUCUAAGACCCCCUCAGAGCGUGUUCCUGUGCUGUUACAGCUGCUUGUUCCCCCACCACCCACCCACCAAGGCCAGACGUCAGUGGAACUGUUGCACCUUGCCCCCCAAGUUAGUUUCUGGCUGAUGAGAGCAGGAUGUCACCCUUCCGCCCCUGCUCUCACGUCCUGUUGGGAAAAUGGGAGAAGUGAAUGUCUCCUUUAUGUCUGCCCAGUCUGGAGGCCUGAUAAAGAUUCAGGGUGAGCUAUUGCUCGAGCGAGGAGCAGGGAGAAAUCUGAGCUGCAUAAUUAGGUACUUUGGGGACUGUAUCAAAAUGUGGCUGACUGUAGAUUUCUGCGUGCUACGUGCUUUUGUCAUCCACUUCUCUCACCGGUGUGUGGGAGGUGGUACAGUCCAGUGUGACCCCAUGGGCUGAGCGUGGUGCUGAGCGCUGGCACUAUGUGGGAUGUGCGGCCUUGGGAAGCAACGUGGGUCAGUGGGUUCAUGGGAGGGCUGCGUGGGGUUGCCACCUGUCAGCAGGACCAGCUCCCAGGUUGGUUAAAGACAUGUAAUCAUUCACACCAGUCAAAAGUUGCAGUGUGCUUUUCCUCUCAAAUCAAGACUAAGGUGAAAUAUAGAAGAUGUUCACAGAAUGGCAACAGAAAAAAAGAAAGAUUAAGAAAUGUCAGGCUCUGCUGUCAAUGUUUUUGAUGGAAAUACUUCGACAUUUGCAAAGUCAAAUGUUUAGUUUGUCAAUCCAAAUGGAAGUGUCACGCCAAGCCUGGGUGAAGCAUUAAGGCUCUGGUUCCAAGGUGGUGUAAUGCUGCUGGUGGGUAUGGCCCUGCUGGUGGCACUGGGUGGGCACAGCCUCUGGGAUUCCCCUCCUAGGAAGGCAGCUCAUGGGAACUGGGAGGGCACAGAGUGUUCAGCCUUAGGUUGCUCAUCCAGGAAGUGAGAACCCGCCUCCCCACGCAUGCUAUGCUACAGAACAUGCUGUGAAUUUGGGCAAACCUCUUGGCUGCUGCCCCACGUUCGCUCUCUGUAAGCAGGAGGAAUAAUUCUUCCCUGCCUCAACCAGCAUUUGCAGGCUUAAAUCCAUUAAUGUUUGUGGAGUGCUCAGAUGUCGGGGUAGUGGGAGCCCUGUAAGCCCCAGCGAGAGCCUCUCUGCCUGUUUGUAGAUGGCAUCUCAUGAUAGGCAGCGGAGGGCUGAGUGCAGAUGGUGCUGCAGUAAAUCCUCACGGUGGGAACAGCAUCUGAAGCACAGAGUGAAAUAAGGAGUGAAAACAUGUGGUGUGCUGGGGGCUGUGGGCCAGCUCCAGAGCAGUCUACUGGGGACCCUCAGGGUCGUGCCUGUACCCUACUGAGUGCAACUUCGUGGCUCCCAAAUCUUGCAUAAAGUCAGGGUUAGGUAAAGAUGUUAUUCACUGAAGUGCUGUGGUUGCUUGGGGGAGAGGUGUAGGAGAAAGGUCUUGGUGUACAGAACAGUCCACGGGAAAUCCAGCUAGAGCUGGGACUUGGAUACCCCACUGCCACCUCCUAGGUGAUGUUUGACCUUCCGUGGUGCUGACUGAUGGAGGUAUUUGAGGGGAAAAAGACAAAAAAUGCAUUUGAACUGACAACAGAAACGCCUCUUGGAGAAGCAGUCUGCAGAAGUUCUUUCUGUACAGUGUUUUGUUAUUGUGAAAAAUUGCCUGUGCUUUUAUCUGCCCCAUGCUGGACUGAAACCUGGAGGUGAGACGUGGUUCACUUCUCAACAAACCUCUCCCGCUCUUGCUUUAUGGACCGAAACUAUGGGACAGCCUCCAGCAAAGCUGUUGCCUCUCUUCUGCCCAUGCAGAACAGUACCUCCGCGGUUUCCAUUAGCAUUGGCUUUCUGCUGCCGGGUUUUCCUCCCUAUAAUUACUGAAAAAAUUGGAACAGUUAAGGCUUCAGAUAACAGCAGGGCAGUGACCUCCCCAGCAGCUCCGCUCUGAGCAGAGGUGGCCUGGGAUGCUCGGUCCCCAUUGCGGUGUGUGGUGUCUCGUGGCUGUUAUUAAUGCCUCUGCUUUGCUUACCCAAGUGCUUAGCUGGUUCAAUACAUUUUCAGACCUGUCCUUACACUAUUGUUGGGAAAGAUUCAUUAGGACUUUGGCUGGAAAUUAUAGUGACAGAUAGAGCAGGGUAAUUUAUGGCUUUUCUUGAGGGUUGCGCAAUUAUUCAAUAAGUGUCUUUCCUUCCUCUACCCCCCGCCAGCCACUUGUUGGAAAUAAAUACUGGAUUUGUAUGCGGAAAAGUGGGUAACAGCAGAGCCAGGAGUGGCCAGGGGGAGCCCAGCUGGGCUCUUUAGGUAACUCUGCUCGUGUUCCUGUGGCUCCAAGGCGUCCUUUCCCGAGUUCUGCCUCCUUGGCACUGCUACCUUUGUCUCCUGGCUGUGCCAUGCUUGGUUUGGUAUUAAGCCCUUUGUCCCCUGUCUGUAGUGGAGACUUCCCCUUUGUAUCUCAAUUCUUUCAAGUAUCAAAGCCAAAAGAACCCCAUAGGGUUGCUGGCAUCUGCCUCAGGGCACCCCCGAUGUCUGCAUCCCCCAGAAAGGCACUGAGGAUGCUGAUAGUUUCCAAAGGAUCUGUUAAUGCUGACAGAGUGCAGCCCAGCUCUCCCUGCCUUGUGCUGGAACCUGGGGAGCCAAGCAAUCCUUCCAUGAGUAGCCAUCCCUCUACUCAUCCCCUCCUAGAGGAGGUGACAGCAGGGUCAGGCAUGGUUCUCACCCCACAGGAUGGACCGGUGUAUCCCGCUGGGGGUUGGCUGUGCCUGGGGCUUCCCAGCCAGCAGCCUGGGGAAGGUGAAUCCCCGGAGGCAGGUGUGGGAUUCAGCUGUCUGAGCGGUGUCAGGAUGGGUAAAUACCUGACUAGGCUCCUCCUUACAGAUUUCCUUCUGAGGGUGAUCUCAGACCUCAAAUCUGGCUUUUGCUCUGCAGUUCCACUGGAGGAGAUGGAGAUGCUCGGUCUUGGGGACUUUCUCAGCCUUCACAGCUCCCCAUGCUGGGUCCUCUCCCCAUGUUCCUGCUGGACACAGCAGGGCUCAGUGCGGUGCCAUACAAGCAGAGGCUCAAGGCAGAGGAUCUGGGCUGGGUGCACUGCUGGUGGUGGCAGAAUGUCAGUCAAGGUAUUGGCACUGCAGCAUUCCCACUGCUUAUCUAUCCCGCUCCUUAUGCAUUUUCACAUUUUGUUUGAAUUAGUUGGGAUUGUUCCUCGCAGCGUGCAUGGCUCUGCAUUUGUCUACUUUGGAUUUCAUCUGCCAUUGACUGGCCCAUUCAUCAAGCUCUCCUCGGUCCUUUUGAAGUUCCCUGUAGUCUUCUCUUGUUCUGAAUCCUCCAUGUAAUUUGGGUCCUCUGCCAGAUUUUCUCGUGACGUUUUUCAUUCUCCUUUUCCAGAUCAUUAAUGCAUCCCUUUAACCAGUGGUUCGAGCACAAAAACUCGGGGAGGCUCCCGUCAGUGCCGUGGCCCUCUGGAAGGCAGUCGUUAUUAACACGAGUUGUUUUCCCUCUUUGUCUCCAACCCUUCGAGUUACUUUUCUCCAUUUGCUCUACAAAUGUUUAAUUUCCUUAAUAGCCUCUCGUAAGGGACCUUGUCAAAGGGCUUUGAAACCCCAAACACAUUAUGUCAAGUAGUUCCCCUUACUUCACUGUUCUGACGACGGGAGAAAGCAUCCUGGUAGAUCAGAGGCAUGUAGCUCCUUUCAGGAACUGGGGCACAUCUCGGUUAAUUUACGCGUUUUAGAAUCCAGCUUCUCAUGAAAACCUUCAUCUCCAACUGCCGAUCCCAUCCUGGCAGCCUCAAAAAGAGCCAUGUCCAUGUGUCUGCUAGAGUGAAAGCGAUUUCCAUCGCCAGCUCUUUGUUAGCAACCAGGUCGAGAGCUGCCGGAGCUUUGGGUGUUUCCCUUUGAACUCCGGCAGCUUUGUGCUGGGCAGCCCGCUGCCAUUUCUACUCUUUUUUUUUUUGGCAUUUUCCUUUGUAGAAACGCUUCGUUGUUAUCACCUGGAAACAAUGGGGCUCUCUGCUGUCCCUGAGAGCUGCAGCCAGUUGGAAAGCAACCUCUGUGCUCCUAUACCCUGCUGGGGUGUGGGCAGGUCGCAUCAUGCCGCACGAUAAGAUCCGAACACAGCCAUGCUGCGCAGAACCUGCUCCACCCGCCGGGCGAUGGAUGCUGCUCCCUGCCCAUGAAUCACGCUCAUGGUUGUGUAAGGUUUGUGCUGUAUUUCUGCGGCCCUUACAAAGUUCUGCACAAUUUAUACGCGCCACUCCUGCGUCGAGCCAUUCAUGCUCCUUCUUCGAGGCACUGGGAUUUACUCUCCCCUUGCCGCAGCCUGGGGAAAUUGCACUGCUGAUGGAACGAUCCUGGGGCCGUGGCACUAUUUAUUGUUAUCAGAAACAAUCCCACCACGUGGUGACUUCUGACCACAAAAAAAAGGGGGGGAAACGCUGUGUUCUCUCCAACACCAAUACCCAUGAAUCUUUAAACAGAAGGAAGUGUUUCCCCGACCAGCGAGCGCUUGUGAAGACGUUUAACUCUAAGAAUAUGUGACAGCUCAUCAGAAGAGGAAGCAAAAUGGGUUUUAGGAUACGGAGGGAGCAGCAGGCACUCGAGGAGCCCAGGCAGGGCAAUUGGCCCCAAGGCACUGUCUCCCAUCGGGGUCCCAUCUCCAUCGUGGGGUCCCCGACCCCAGCACCCAGGAGAGCUCCGCACUGUGCCCUGCCCAGGUUGGAGCCUCGCUGGCGACUUCCAGGCAGAGUUCUGGCACCGGAUUACCUGUCUAGCUGGGAUCUUAUCUCAGCGUUUAUCACUGCCGCCUCUCGCUGUCAGCACUGUUUAUAGGCAGGGGAACCGAAACCCUAUGCUAAGAAAUUUCCUCCUCCUCCUCUUUUCUUUCAAAUCUGCAUCUGUUCCAGACUCUCUUUCAUUACAGACCACAUGAAAGCCAAAACAAUCCCAGGCUAUCAGGCACAGAAACCUUCACAAGGACACCGACAUCCCGCACCGGGGUAGGAGAGGAGUGCGGGGCCGGAGCUGCUGGCGUGCCAUAAGGAAGCGAUUGAAGCUUUCACAAUCUGUUUAACCAGUGACAUAUGUUUCCUGUAGGCACGGCGGUGUGCUGCGUGCUGAGGGCUCCUGGAACAGGGAACCGUGAGUGCUUCCCCAUAGCGCGAUGAAAAUCUCUCCUGCCUGAGACCACAGCAACUCGUUACACAUGGGAGCGGUCAGGCUGGUGAACAGUGCCGUGCACACAGCUGGGACAUAGAAGAGCCAUGGUACAAUGCUGUUGACCUCACACCCUCUGUGCCUGCAGAAAACCAUCCCAUUUCUGGGGCUGAGAAGCUCCUAAGCAGCGAGGCGGCCCUAAUAAUUCCACUUAAUCUUCCCCCAUAAAUCACUCCUCCCCUCCCCUGCAGUCUAUUGGCAUCAUCUGAAGCUAUUAGCUAAUUUGAAGCCAGGAGUUCACACGUUGCCUGGUCCCAUCCCGUCUCCCUGCAGCAGUAAGUAUGCACUCCUGGAGGGAGGCUGCCUGAAGUCACCCUCCUCAUCCUCCUCUGGUGGGGAAGAGGUGACAGCACAUCCCCACCAGCCCGGUGGGACAGGGGCAUGGAGCUUUCUGCUCCUCCCUGGUGCCUCAUCCUGGGAUUUACAGCUCCAGUUGAGAUCAGCUGAAACCUGAUGACAACGCCUGACGUGUCUGCAGUGCCCGUGUCCCUGCUGCUCACCCCCACUUCGCUAAUGAGCUUUGCUCAGAGGUGUGCUUUGCUCAAAGCCCCCAACCCCACUGAGCUGCUGGGGAAUGCAGCCAUGCCAAUGGGUCCUCUCCAGCCCUGAGGACGGGUCCUGAUAGGGAGAGCGGGACGCAGCCAUGUCACACCCCGAGGCAGGUCUGUGUUUUUUGCAGUUAUGAAUGUCAUUCCCCAAUCCGCUCAGGAGCCGGCAAUUUUCUGGCCGAGGUGGGAAGCUGCCGACAUCGUAUGAUACACGGCGAGAUUGAUUGUAUUUACUUACCCUUUAACCUAAUAAAGAAAAAUAAUGUUCCUUCAUC